CCAAGAUCAAGGCCAACACGAUGGCUCUGCAGCUGCUGGACGCGCUGGACGCCGUGGGCUGCUUCCUGACGGGCUGGGACCUUUUCCAGCUCUCCCACGUCAACGCGCAAUGCUGGCGGCACUUCUCGCAGCCCUCGCACUGGAGUCAACGACUAAAGGCCAAGAGUCCACCGGCCUGCAGCCCGAAGAGGGCGUACGCUCAGGCCCGGUCCUUCGCGUUCGAAGGCCUGCGCCUGGACGAGCGACUGCGCCACUGCGGCGGUAUGGACGGGUCCAGCGUCGUCGUCGUGCAAGACGCUUCAACAGGAGACCCAUUCACAGAAAUCUUCACACACGGGUCGUCCUUUGCAGUGGAUACGUGGUUCAGCCUGCUGGAUGGAGAAGACGACGGCGUGUUGACUGGGGGCGUCCUAUUCGGCGGCCAGUCCCCCUUGAUGCGCACUUGCACGUGGACGAACCACCACGUCGCGUUCGUCGGAGUGGACGGAGACCACAACUUGUUCUGCUCCAUGCUGGACGGUGCCGCCAAUUGCGUGGCUACGGGCAUUGACUUUGGGCGAUGGUAUCACCUGGUGCUAUCGUACGACCGUGGGGUGCAGAAGGUUUAUCUGGAUGGACAACUCGUGAGUGAGAUGGAAGGGGUGCUGCACCACUCGUGGCGCGAACUCUCACAGGUGCAGAUUGGCACGGGCUUUGUAUCGUCCUUUUGGCGACAGAAGUCGAGCUUCCAGUUCGACACGAGGCCCAGAAGUGUUCGCACGUUCUGCGGGUGGCACAAUUUCCACGGACUGGUGGACGAGUUCCGGAUUUGGAGGGGAGCACUGAGUGAGCGAGAAGUUCUGGCGCUAGCAGGGUGCCAGGAGGGGCCUCUAAGGUCGCAAGCUCCGUGGUUCUCCCUACGACAGGAAGCUUCUUGCUUACGAGUGAAUCGGGUACCGUGCACAAGAUCAUCGGAACGCAUCGCCGAGCUCCAUAGGCGUCCCCGGGUGUUGGAGUGGAGGUUGCAAACUGCGUUUGUGGGAUGCUGGCAGAGUUUGCACAGCUAUUUGACGGGGCUACCUUCAGCAGUAGUCAGCAGGUAAUCGUACAAGUAGCAGAAUUCCGUUUGAUCA